CUAGCUCAAAGCCCAAUCUGGCAGCUGCAGCAGCUGCACCUACUGCACCAAAAAACAACGUCAUCCACCCAAAUUCAACCGUUGAGCUCAAUGUUCAAAGCAAAAGCUUGGAAUCAACCGCCCACGAUACAUCCAGACAGACGGACAGCCCAGCUAGCGCAACUAGAAGCAAAAGCAACCAGGAGAAGGCCAGCCCUGGAACUUCUGCCGGCAUUGCGAUUGGAACUAUCUCUCUUGCGGCCUUUGCGGGAUUGGCCGUAUUUUGGGCAUUUUUGCGGUACAAAAGGCAGGGAAAAAGCUGCGAGAAUAUCGGCAAGACCACAUGGACGGGCAGCCUAGUGACCUCAUUCAAGGGCGUCUUCCAGCAGAGCGCAAAGUGGCCAUUCAAGCGGAGUCGAGGCGUGAGUGAAGCCAAGAUAUCCGCCCCUUUUGCUCAGCAAAACUCGCUCAACUGGUCAU